AUGGUUUCUCAAGUGGGGCCUCCACGGUAUCCAGUUUAUUGGAUAGCAUUGUUUGACUUGGUCUGCCACCGUAGAUUGCUAGUCAAAUUGCAGCAUCUGGGGAUUUCUGGGCAGCUUCUAGAUUGGCUGAGAUCUUUUCUAAAUCAACGAUACAUGACCGUCAGGGUUCGUCACAGCUUCUCUGACAGACACCACUGUCAAAGUGGUAUACCCCAGGGAGGCAUUUUGUCAUCGUUGCUUUUUUAG